AAGCAGAGUGACGUUCUUGGCGGAAAUGACCUAUUAACGGUCCUAAAAGGCAUGCGCGACAUGCUCUCUGUGUGCAACGCUUUCUGUCGGUAACGAAAAUGAACGCUCCACCUACGUUUGAAUCAUUUCUUCUUUUUGAGGGUGAAAAAAAAAUAACUAUAGAAAAAGAUACCAAGGUGCCAAAUGCGGCGGUUUUCACAGUCAACAAAGAGGAUCACACCCUCGGGAAUAUGAUCACAACGCAGUUGCUGAAAGAUCCACAGGUGCUUUUUGCUGGGUAUAAAGUACCACACCCACUGGAACACAAAUUUGUCCUAAGGAUACAGACAACACCAGAUUACAGCCCACAGGAGGCAUUUACAAAUGCAAUUACAGACCUUAUCAGUGAGGUUUCUCUCAUGGAAGAGAGAUUUAAGGAUGCUGUAAAAGAACGACAAGAGGGAGAGAUUUAAGCAGUGAACAGUCUGGUGCAACAAGAUGCACGCAACUCCUGUAUGAUGCUGCAAUUCUUUUGGAUUUUGACUGCCCAUGAGACACCAUUAGGCCAAGCAAGCUUCAUUACUGGCAGUGAAAAGGGAUGGGCAUCAGUGGCCUUUUAAACGUGUUCAUAACUGACAAAGCCAUCGACACACCUAGCUUUGCACUGACAAGGUGGACAUGAUUAAUAAAUGUGUCAGGAAGUAAAUCUUACUUUAAUGGCUUAACUUCCACUGUCUGAUAGAAAAGAUUGGUUCAGCCCAGGAAAGAGGUGUUGGUAUUUGUCAGGACAGAGGAAAGCAAUUAGCAAAGCAUGACUGGUGGGAUAGCCAGCACCUGAUGUGCUUCUCACCUCUACUGGCUCGAAUCAUUCUUUCCAAUCGUAAGAUAGGAGUUUGUCCUUUCAGCAUCUUCUUUUCACCAGUUGGCAGCAUCACAAAGCUGACUCGCAAGGGCAAGAGCAUUUGACUUUUUCCUAAACUAUCCUGCAUGGGUGAAUACAUUUCUUGCACUUUUGGUGCAGUUGUUUAUAGUAUCCAAAACUGUAUUUGUACAUAUUUACAAGUUUGUGAAAAGCAUUUUGGCAAUAUAAACCAUUUAUAAUCAUGCAACGGCUUAUUGCAUUAUCUUUUAGUGAAUCUAUGUGAGUCCAAGGCAAUCUUUGGCAAGAGCAGAAAGCAUCUCAAGUUAUAAAGAAUGUUUUUAAUCUGCAUCUGCAAACUGCUGUCCAUAAGCUAUAAAUUCAUAAUUUAGUAUUUAUAUACAUAUAUAUAUAUAAUAUUAAGAACUAAAACAAUUAUGUUGUGCUUAUUUGGGAGUUGUCCUUUUCUAUUUAGAGGUUAAUCCUUUAGAUGAUUUAAAGUUGAGCAAAGUGGGCAAUGAAAUUCCUGUCUCUCCAUCAGAGAACAAAUAGUUUUUUAUGAUGUCUAAAUGUGGACAAAAAGAAUUGCUUAGGAAAUUACUCCCCAAAUGGCAAGAUAUUUGUAUGUUCCUGUUAGCAAGCAGUAUUAGGAUCACUUUAUUAUCUGCUACAAACCAUUUUAAGAUGGCUAGCAAGUUUUUGGAAUAAGGUGCUCUUACAAUGCAGACUUCACGUAGUUUAACACAAGAUUUUCAUGUUGAAUUGAUAUUUAUUCAUAUAUCUUAAAUCAUGAGUUCAGGAAAAUUCUGCAUGCCUGGACAGUGUCUCAGAACCCUAGACAAUUUAUGAACACUGCUUUCAUGGUAGCUUGUUAUAGAACAAGAGCUGUACAUUUGUGGAAUGGUACAAUUCCGUUGUUUUAAGAUAAGGAACCAGGAUGCAUCAUAAUUUUAAGUUGUGAGUGUGGUCUGAACCAGAGCCAGUUUAAAAUAACUUGUGACAAUUCGUCCAAUUCCUAAAUAUUUUGAAAUGCUGCUAUUCUAAGAUGGUCCAGCCUUGUGAAGAUCAUCCACCAAGAUGUACCAAGUUUUAAGAGCAGCAUAAAAAAAGGUUAGGGAUAGAAACAUCAAUUAUUAAACUUGUUACUGUUCUGAAAUGCCACCUCCAGAAGGGUGAACAUUUGAAGGCACAGUAAAUAAGUACAUUCAACAGAUGGAUAGAUCCCUGCUGGAUUUGCAUGUAGCCAACUAGCCUUGAUACUUGAACUCAAAUGAUGAUACCAUCUUAGUAUUUAAGGCCAUGCCUCAUUUUCUUUUGCAUUCCUUAACCAUCAAAACCGCAUGCUUUUUAUUUUGAGUUGCUUUAGUUCUUUGAUUUAUGAGGGUCAAUCUGUUCAAAUUCCAUUGUUUAUACAUUACCUAUACAUGGUAAGAUGACUGCAUGGUGGCUUCAGCAAGAAUUGUGAAUAGGGUCUAUUCAAUAGUUUGAUACAUCUUUAUUGUCUACUGUUCACAACAGAUUAAAAUUAUGGGAGCUCUCAUUGAAAAGUCACAUCCCACAUAGUUACUACUUCAUGCACUUAAACCCAUCCUAGCAAUGAAUAUCAGACACAUGCAUACUAUGUUAAGUGAUAUUGCAGUUUAUUUGAUUGAUUUGGAAAAAGCCCUUUUCUUGGCAGUUUCCAUCUAUGGCUAGAGGGUAGCGUUUGGAAAUGAUGUAGAAGUGCGAGGAUUAUUUGAUGAUGCUGUAUAGAUCACUUAUCUUUGAUCUCUCUCAUCAAGCCUUAUCUUUGAUGGAUAGAAUACUGAAAUACUAAAGAUGAGAAUGCUUUUGAUCAAGAUGUGGAACAUUGAAGUAUAGGGCCACUGGCUCUGAAAUUCCUGUUGCCUUUGUGAGAAGAGGCGCUGGUGGGCUUUCCUGGAAGGGAGGGUUGUUGUCCAGCACAGUGCUGAGGUACAACUUUGCACCUGUUCUUAUUGCCGAUAAAUAAAGAUGUGUGGACAGGCUGAUGUUUCUUCAGAUGUGUUUACAGGAAUUUUUAACGCCAAAGCUGAUUUCAGAGAAGGCAUUUGCAUUCAAAAGUGGAAUCUGUUUUUGUAUUAAAUCACUUGAAGCCCAUUUCUUGGCAAGGAGGGGGAAUGGCAUAGUUCUGUCAUGAGAUUUAAACUUUUCAGCGGACUAGAAUUUGAUAAAUAGUAAUUAAAGUUAAUCACCAGCUCAAAACUUGUGCUGUAAAUGGCAGCAAGUUCAGGCCUGAAGUACUGUUAAUUGGGGAAUUAUUCUCUCUGACAAGUUUUUAUUUUUAAGUAUUCGAUAUAAUCUGCUUUUUAGUGUAGUUCCUUAAAUAUAUUGCAAAUGAAUUGUGACCAAACAUUUGGUGGCAGUAAGUGGUAAUCUAGAUUUGACUACAAGGACAAUGAGAAUAAAAUAGAUUAUCUUCAUG